GGGAAAAAAUAUUUUUUAUCUGCAAAUUUAAAUUUUUGUUAGAAGCGAAACACGCGUACGAACUAUUGAAUUGAAGAAUUGAUAAAAUAUUUAUUAAACCUAACCCAUUACACCGUCAAAGUCGAACUCAUCAUUAUUUCUAAAGAGAAAAACAUCAACAAACACACAACGGCGGAAGAAGAGAGAAAAAAAAACCAUAUCAAAUCGAUCAUCUUCCGGUAGCAUCACAAAAGCAUCCCAGGUUUUGGUAAAUGGGGCCAAACAAUACGCUGAUUUUCCACCUACGCAAGAACGGCCCCGGUAACUCGAACUCGCAAGAAACUACGACAGGAAAGAAAAACAUGGUGAGAAAAUUAAAGAAAAACAUCUGCAUGAAGGCAUCUCCUGGAAGCGCAGGACAGUGACUGUCGGCACUGCAGGAAGUUCGUUUCACCAAAGAGUGAAAGUAGCAAACCAAAGCUUGAAGAAAAUUUCCAUGUCGAUAUCGUGUUUUGCGGUAUGGGCUGCUGGUUGCCUGUAUGGGAAGGUUUACGCCAAUGGGAAAAAGGGGGGCAUACGGGGUUACAUACACCCACCGGGAGCUGCCUGUAGCUUUUAGUAUAAUUUCAUAAAAAUAACACCGUCACCGGGUUUGUGGGUACGCAUCGUACUCGUCGGUCGCAGCGCGUUACCAUGCUUUCGUUGCAAUGUAACAUGCCCACUUCCCGCAACCCAACCGUGGGGAGGUUUCGGUGUGUAAUAAUCAGAGGAAAAACCACCCUCCCCGGUAUAAAACAACCCCCCAAAACCGUAUGCAACCCAGCUGUAUGUUGAGGUUAGAUUUUAUUUUGCCUCCCAAAAACUUUACAACUCACCACCACCACCAUCAACCUCCGACAUUUCUGUUUUCUUGCUUUUUUUUCUUGGCAAGGCAAGAAGGGAUGUGUUUUUGUGUGAUGUGUAUGUGUGAAGGUAGCGGAACAAAUGAUGCUGAUGAUGGGUUCGGGUCGAUCGUAAAUCCUACAACAGCAGCAUAAGUAUAUUAUUAACCAGCUCGUAAGCGAAUAACGGACAACCAACUGUUCUCAAAACCUACCCUUCCCCAAUUGCUCGGGUGGUUGAUGAUUUGAUAUUUCAUGUGUUUUCACCCCGUUCCCAUUCAAGCAGCAGCAGGGUAGCAACCACGCGUUGCUAAGGGCAACGACAGCUGUUUUUCGCUUCGUUCGGCUUCGGCUAUUUUUGCGCACAAUUCGAGCACGAAAAGCUCCAACGUAAAGCUUCCGAUAACCGAACCGAGCGACGGUUCCCGGUAGCGAGCUUUUCGCCCAUUUUCGUACAGCAUCCAACAAGCGAAGGACGGAAACCGAAAGCCGUUCGGAUUCGCACAGCAUCCAGUGGCUUGCGGUGUUGCAUUGUUCGUCCUUGCCAGUCAGUCGUGCAGCAGGAUACGCGUGUGAAGCACACAAAACACACACCAACUCUGUGCUCCAGUUUGUUCACGCACUCAAGUCAGGUUAAGGUUAGGUGUUUGCGCGCGCGUGUGCGGAAUAUUCUUCGAGUUUUACGGCUACCGUGUGUGUGUGUGGGUGUGUGUGUUAGUAUGUAUGAUUCGUGUCCUUUAAGUGUCGCUACAGUUUAGUGGGUUUGCUCAGCUUGGCUGGAAAAAGGGUCCAACCAUUUCACCCUUUGCGUGCGUGCGUGUGUCUGUGUGCGUGGUACGUGUGCGCUUGUGUACAUAUAUGGUUGAGUGAGUGCGUAAAUUGUGCGUACCGCGUGCGUUGUGGGUGUACAAAUGAAAGGCUCAUCCUAUCGCUUAGCGCUUGCUUGGCAGUUCGUUUUGUAAGAAGUGGUGAAAUUUGAUGAAAUCACUCCAGUUGUGUUUGGCCGUGCUUCUAGAUUGCGAUACGCACGAAAAGCAUCGGUGCGUUUUCUUCCCCUACGAGCUUAACGGCUAAAAACGCAACAUCGAACACACGGGAUCGGCUAAGAACGGGGACCAAUCCUGGCCAAUUCCGCUGUGAACGAAACGAGAAAUAAUUUUGCUUCUUUCGCAAGAAUGUGUUCGGUGUAAGCUGGCCCAAGGUUCCAAGUGGCAACGAACCAGCGAGGAUUUCAUAACCAUCCCUUUCCCCGAUAGAAGUUUGUAGCCGAACGCUUAAAGGAUAAAAUAAAAGGUUUUCUGCCCAAUCAAACGGUCCGAGAGUUGGUAAGGUACAUUGCCAGUAACAAAAAAAAACAACCUCAACUGCAACGCCCAACCACCGGAAACGUAAGGGAUAAUCAGCAAACAUGGCGGCCACGAUGAGAACCGGAGGUCUGCAUCACGCUUCGUCGCUGGGAAAUAUCGACACAUCAUCGCAGGCGAAGGUAAAUUUUGCGGCCCGCAGUUACGACUCCGAAGAUGAAAAUAUGGGCAGAAAGAAGGGCCGGCCAUUUGAGACGGGACCCUGCUCGAGGGCUCCCGUCUACUCCAAGGGAGAUAUACGCGAACAGUACUGUCUGACGGAUCGACAGCUCAACUCAAUAGAGCAGCCACGGCGUGAGCGAUUUUUUGGUUGCUGGUCUGGUCGCAAUGCUCCCCAAUCGUUCCUGGGCGUUUGUGUUGGACGUCGGGCGCCCUCCGACGAAAACCUCGCCGACUAUGCACCGAUGCAGCGUUACCCUAGGUACAUCAAUUCCGGUCCGAUAGCGAAAUCCAUCCUGCAGCAGUACGAUGACGACAUGGAAAGCUCGUACUUUCGCCGAAAGCCAACCUCUUUUUUAUCGAACAGCGGCAACACGGGCGCAACCGGCGGUGGUGGCCACCCUGGUGGUGGAGGAGGCGGCACAGGAUUAAUUAUAGGGAGCAGCGCAACAUUGCCCGCUGCCGGUGACAGCAAGCGGUACGGUGGUUCCUGGCUGCCGGCCGAAGACGAAGCAGUACGGUUAGAGGGUCCAAGCCUUUAUCGAUGUCCAGCUCAUAAUGAUCUGCUACCCCCACCACCACCACCACCGAACAUUGGCCUUAUCGAUGGCAUCCCAGGCGGACCACCAAGGACGAAGCAUGUUAGCUUUGCCCGUUCCUACACGCUCACCUCAUUCGACGAGGCGAUGGGUAGCCGACCCCUGUCACGGCUGGCAGCGGCCCGUAGCCAAGAAAGACUGAUAGGCGGCAAGAAGCCUACCAUCACGCUGGCCCAGCACACGGCCACACCGUACGUGGGUGCACCGCUGCACUCGAUCCUUACGCAACCCACCGCCCAGCAACCGCUGCUACCACAAGCCCUCCAAAAGCAACCCCUAUCCGUGCCGCAGAACCCGAGCCACAGUCAACCUCAGCAGCAGCAGCAGCAACAACCGCAACAGCCUCAACAUGUGCUCAUCCAGCAGCAACCAACAUCCCAUCUACAUCAACAUUUGCAUCAGCAGCAUUUGCAACAUCUGCAGCAACAACAGGCUGCUCUGCUUGCUCAUCAAGCACACCUUCAGCAUCAGCAGCAUCAGCAGCAUCAACACCAGCAACACCAGCAGCAGCAGCAACAUCAAGCAGCUCAACUUGCUGCACAGCAGCAACAGCUGCAACAUCAGCAGGAAAUGGUUGUGUUGGAGAAAGUGAAACGUAGCGCAAUGAAGACGCAAGCAACGCAGACGGAAGUGUACUUGGGGAAGAAAGGGACGGCACCGCACAAUCUUUCCCUGAGUCCCAGAACUAUUCAUAGGGUGAAAAUGGUUUCCCAAGGUGCUCAAACAAAUGGUGGACUCAACGGAGGAGGUCGUAAGCUUACCAAGAGCCUAUCGGAAGCGGGCGAUCGAAUACAGGAAAAUGGUAUCGAUCCAAUUGUAAUCCAACCUGUCGACACGGGAACCAGUCCUAAUGUAAACUUCGAUCAUGAACUGCUGCAUCGCACGCAAUCGGAAGAACCACCGAAAUCACCAUUCACCAUCACGUCACCGCCCGCCACACAUGUAGGGCCACAUUUCGAGCUACCAUCGUCACGUACAUCCUCGCAGUUGAGCCAUUCCGAUGGAACGCAUCUGACGCACUCGCGCAACCACUCGCAGGACAGUGCAACCUCCUACCGCUCGACGGAUGGUUCACGGACGUCCUAUGAGACGGCUUCCUAUCCGUACGAUGCUUAUGAUAGUAUAGUGCUGCCACGCCGUGCUAGCCAUGCGACCGAACCGACAUUCCAGUUCUUGCGUAAACAGGACCUGGAACAAGUGCAUCAUCACCACCAACAGCAGCAGCACCACCAACAACAGACGCCACAUCAGUCACAGUACACGCACGGCUACGAGAAUGGAUACGUACCGUUCGAGACGCACAGUUUGCCACGACGUACUUGCAUCCACCACAAACCGGAGGAGUUCCACACGCACACAUUGCCCCGGCGUGACCUCGGUCAUGCUCAUCACCAUCACGAGAUAGUUUAUCGGGAUCAGUCACACCCAGCAUUACCCGCCCCAGAGCAUCUCAUCCUAUCCAAUGGAAGCGUUAAUCAAGAUGUUCGAUCUUUUGACAGUACGCCUUCAGCGACGACCCUGAACCGGCGGAUGUCUGCCCACGCGAUAGUACUCCCGCCGGAGAAGCAACAGCACUCGAGUGGACUGCCACUCGUACAAGGACUUCACCAGCAACAACAACAGCAACAACAGCAGCAACAUCAGCAGCAACAACAACGACGCGCCUCGUACGCAUUCGUUCCACCGGACACACACGCACUGGCCAAACGGAACUCCAUUCCACACCAGCAAAUCCAGAAGGUGCAACCGAUAAUGCAGGCACAGUUUGCAACACCGGUCAAGACGCAACAACCAUUCCAACCGCUGGUGAAACCACAACCACCCAUCCUACCGACGCACUACACCUCCCAUACCGCUCCACCGUCCUGUCCGGUGACGCCACCCAAUAUUCAGCCGCUAGACAUGCAGGACGACACAAAAUCUUCCUCCGAUGGCAGCUGUUCGACGUGCGAGUCCGAAAGCGAACAGGAACUGGACGGUCCCGGUGAAGAGCGGGAAAUUUUCAUCGACUUUAAGCCACGCGUUUCACCAGUUCCUUCGCCUGGUGCGGUCAAGAAGAAGAAGCUCCAGAAGGCACAAUCCGAGGGUGAGCUAGCACAUGCCGAUAGACGCAAAUCCAGUACGGGAGAUGGUGAUGGCGGUAGCUCUACCGUACCGACCGCAAGUGAUGAUGAAGGACGAUCUACGAUGAGAGAACAGGUCGUACCACCGCUACCGAAGCCGGACUAUCGCGAUGCAAGUGAAAGUUCCGUGCCGGAUGAUGAGCCACCGGUGAUAGUGGAUCGACGAAAGGAAAGCUUCCGCAAGCGUUCGGUUAGUUUGGAUCAACCGACGAGCUGUGAGCAGGAGGACGAUGAACAGCAGGACGGACCGGUUAGGCAACCGAAAGGUGAAGAUGUGCGAUCUCAUGCACACGCUGCACAGAGGAUGUCGUCUAGGUCUAGAUCGAUCGGUGCCGCGAUAGGAUCCCGUCAUCUUUCUGCACCACCAUCACCACAGAAGGAGGAUCAUUCCGCCUCUACCGGUAAGCUACAUCGGGAGGUUUCUCCCUUCCAUUCGUCGGAAUCGUUAGCGAAUGAUGUCACGCGAGACACAUCCGAUGGGAAUUGGAACGAGUCCCAGGCAACAAUUAUGACUACAAGCUUAACGGAUAAUGGAAAAUUGACACCAUCUUCUAGAAGAAAAAAUCUACUUCUGCAGCACCAGCAACGAAGUUCGAUGGAUACGGAUGCGCUGGACAUGGAAGAUAUUGCUGAUCAGCCAUUGCCACCGUUGCCUGUAACCGUGGCCACUACUGCAUUGCAGACGAACAUCGUUGCGGCGCCCAGCUCGGGCCACCAGCAGCAACCGAACGGGACGGCUAUACAACCGACCGUGGCCGGUAUCGGUAUUGUAAAGCCCACGACCCCAUUGAUCGCCGUCAUACCGUCACCGAGCAUGGAACGUGAGGAACGUGAGCUGCAGUGGCAAAAGUCAGCUACCCUGCGCCGUCCUUCACGUCCCUUAUCACCGACCAAGCGUGCCGCACGGAACGAACAGCUGCAACAGAAGCAACAAAAGUUGCAGAAAAUCGAACCUUUAAUCCAUCGUUCUUCCGAAACAAGCGAACGUACCGUUAAAACCGAUUCCAGUCCGACCAUUCCGAUGGCUCCCGGAAGUGGUGGCCCAACGACACCCCAGCAACCUAUCCCUUCCUCAACCAAGCUAACCCACCACCAUCAUCCAAUCACGGUUUCCACACCGGUGGCCGCACGGUUUACCAAAGGUUCGCCCGGGAACGGUGUCGAUCUGCUCAAGGACCAUCCCGUCCUCUGUCAGGAGCCGGCUUCCGGUGGCGGUGGUGCUGGAUCGGAGGGCAGCACUACCGAGGACUAUGUUACGUGCACCGAUAACUCGAAGCGCGGUGCUUCGGGAGCUAAAGGUACAUACAAAACGAUCCACGCCACUAGACCGACCAAGCAAGUAACAGCCACCACACAAGACGGAUCAUCGUUUGAGAGUGCAUCCUCCAUCUAUAGUCUAGCGCGGGUCGAUGCAGUAUGCGAAGAAACCCCGCCAAUCGAGGAGAAGUCCGUUUCACCACAGAUCCCACCACCUCCCAUCCCUAAACCCUCGCCGACGCACUCCGUCAGCAGCAGUUCGAGCGAUAGUUUCAGUGUCAGCAAGAAGAGUUCACCUUCACGACCAAAAGCGAUCGCCGGUAAGGUGAAACCCUCGAAACCACACUCACUGUCUGACGAUGAGCGGAGUGAAAAGAGGUACUCUUCUUCGCAUGAUGAGAAGGAGGCUACGCCGAAGGUACCGUACUCUGCCUCCGCAACCGGAACUAUCGCUCGAAGCGCUCGACGGGGUCGCGACUGGAAUGAGGAGGAACGGCGUAGGAAAAAGAGCACCUUUAAGCUGGAAUUUGACAAGGAUUCGAUCAAAACCUACACGACACCAAUGCUUCGUCAGCCGAGUCCCGGUUUUAAGAAGCUUUCGCCUGAGGACAAGAGUGCACUAAAUGUGUUGGAUGGAGCGAGCCCCAGCAGCAAGCAGAAACGUUUCCGACCGAAGACUCGUAAGUCUCCGCGGGCCCGUAGCGCAGUGCCGGAAGAAACAGCCAGCGCGGGAACUGUGGUUUCAUCUGGUACAUUACCACGGCGUAGUAAAACACCACUGGUACGAUCACCUGAGAAACCUACGACAACGGUGACGACCACUUCAACGGCGGUAGUUCUGGCGACACCUCAACCGACCAUUGUUACUACCGGUACGAAACUCAGCCCCUCGCAGUACUAUUCACAGAUCCGAAGUCCACCCACCGGUGGAUCACCUCGCAAGCAGAAGAUCUCUCCCGAGAAGCGACUGCAAGCGAUCUCUACUGAAUCACUACGUUCGGUAUCGCCCGGUUCGGAUUCGGUGUUUUACAGUGAAGCAGACGCAUUGUCCCAUUGCGAACAACAGGUCCACUGUUCACACUGUGGCAAAGAGGUCGAGGUGGCAAAUCUUCCAGGCGAAUCAGAGGAGUCGAUCCUU